CUCUUUUCCUGCUCAGUCAUUACUGAGCAAACAGCAGCUCUUCCUGUUGCUUUCUAACUCUUUGGUUUUUAGAGCUUGCAGCUGCUGCUGUGAUUAUUUUUUGUUUUAAUCGGUGCAUUAACAGUUUGAGGAGAAUGGACAAUAACCCCUUCGCUGCCAAGAUCCAGGCCAGGAUGGAGAAGGCAAAGGCAAUGAGUGAGGAGGACAAGCUGUACAGAUUCAAUGGGGUGUUGUACCCCAUCCUCAUGUGUCCUGAGGAGCAUUUAAAGUGCCUGGUUGACAUUAAAGCCAGGGAGGAUGACAUCAUGCUGGUGGCUUACCCCAAAUGUGGCUUUAACUGGAUGGUUGGCGUCAUGAAGAAGAUCAUUGCAGAGGCCACCCAGAUGAAAAAUGAAUCCAAGAUGCCGCCAUUAAUGGAGUUCUUUGGACCAGAGGUCAUGAAGGGCAUCAAUGAAGCUCCGUCUCCAAGGUUUCUGGGAACUCACCUUCAUCCAGACAACAUGCCCCCGUCCUUCAUCCAGAAGAAACCAAAGACGGUGGUGGUCUUCAGAAACCCUAAGGACACCUUGGUCUCCUUCUACCAUUUCUGCAACAACAACCCAGUCCUGCCCUCUACGUCCUGGGAUUCUUUCUUUUCCAAAUUCAUGAAAGGAGACGUUGCCUGGGGAUCGUACUUUGAUCACGCCUCAGCCUGGAACAAGAAGAUGGACGACCCCAACAUCAUGGUGGUCACCUACGAAGAGCUGAAACAGGAUCUCAGCAAAGGCAUCCACCAGAUCUCCAGCUUCCUGGGCUUUAGCCUGACCGACGCUCAGGUGCAGCAGAUUGCAGAAGCGAGCACCUUCAAGGCCAUGAAGGAGAGUUCAGCCGACUCCCACGGAAACAUGGGGAAUGUCUUCUUCAGGAAAGGUGAGGUUGGAGACUGGAAGAACCAUUUUACUCCAGAACAGAGCAGAGAGAUGGAUGAAGCGUUCAACAAACACCUGGCAGGAACCAAACUGGGAGCCAAACUGGAUUACCAGCUUCACUGUCAGCUGGAAUAAAGGAGGGAAGAGGAACAACUAGAGGGAAGAGGAGAAGAAGAAAAGAUGCAGGGAUUUAGGAGGGCAUGAUUACACAACUACCUUUAGUCUGAACUUUAGAUCUGCUCUAAUGUCAGCAGGACCUGAGAGACUUAACACUUUUAUAGGAGAGGAGUGCAGAGAAAAUCUAACUGGAAAAUAAGAGAAAAUGAUGGUGAUAAAAAAUUAUUGUGAACUUUUCAAUAAUCACUUCAUUAAGAAAUGUCUGAUGUCACUGAUUAAGCUUUACAGACUGAAAGAAAUAAACUUUAAUGAUAAAACAAUGA